UUUGUCAGCACUGCAUUCUGGGAGACAGUCCCCAAAAUAUCAAGAACGCAUGCGUCGGCUGGCUCUUUCCUUUUGCCUCGUUGCUACAGAGUGAGCAAGAUGGGUCACCAGCAACUGUACUGGAGCCAUCCGAGGAAAUUCGGCCAAGGUUCUCGCUCUUGCCGCGUCUGCUCAAACCGCCACGGUCUGAUCCGGAAGUACGGCCUCAACAUGUGCCGCCAGUGUUUCCGUCAGUACGCGAAGGACAUCGGCUUCAUUAAGUUGGACUAAGAACUUCCAUGAAUGGGUCGUUCAAGACAUCUACCUUAUGACAGAAUGCUAUCUCUUUGUACAUAAAAUAAAAUAAAAACCUUCAAAUAUGA